GCGAUGCAACGAGAGCCCGUGUGAUGGCCAAAGCCUCCCUGGAGGCCCUGCUGGCGCGUCGCCGCAGUGCCUGUGCGGAGUUCGAGUCGCAGCCGGCCGCCACCACAGCGGACGCGGGCGCCUCCGGCUGCUCCGUUGCCUCGGCGAAGGACCAGACGCACCACCUGCGGGACCUGCAGCUGGGGGAGCUGCUGGCGGAGCGGCGCAACCUCUGCGAGGUCCUGGAGAGUUGCCCCCUGCAGGGCAGUGCUGAUGUGGCGUGGAACAAGGAGGUGAAGAAGGAGAAGCAAAAGUUGUGGCUGGAGAGCUGCCCUGCGAAGCAGAUCGCGGAUGUGAAAUGCGAGGAUCCACUGGAGACACGGCAUGCCAAUUUGCCAGGGCGCCUGGCACAAAGAGCCUCAAGUUCGGGUGCAAUGGACAGCAAGGUGAUACCGGCUCCCAUGAUACCAGCAAAGGCGGUGGCAAAUUACUUGCAGCAGUUGCCAGGGGCAGGAGAUGCAGUUGGAUCAAUCGGAUCUGAAUUUGUUGAAAAGCACCUGGCCUAUUUGAACUUUGAGGAGAACCACCUGCUGGCCAUCCUUGGGAUAUUUCUGCGCUAUCAUGACCCAUGCAGGUUGUCAGAACUGGGCCUGCAGUCAGGUGUGCUGAACUCAGUGGAUUGGAUCACUCAAAAUGUCGGCCCCCCUCCCAGCCCUUUGCGAUUUCUUCUAGGCAGACUUGAAGAGCCAACAUCUGGCCCUGAGGCGAGGGAAAAGGCUAGGGAGAUGGCCAACUGCGUUUCCCAACUCUGCAGCUUCUUGUUGGAAGUUGAGAAUUCUCUGGAAGCCGAAGUCCAGAUGUUUUUCGUGCUGCUUGCAGCUUUGAAACUGCCCCCAGCCCAGCCAGCCAACUCUGCAGUUGCUCUCUGGCAGGAAGCCACAGAAAUGCUUCGUGCCACCCCCAGGUCCACCUGGUCCCUGCUGUGUGACCCGAGCUCCGAUGCUUCGAGUCACUCCAUCUGUUGUGUGGCGCCGGACGAGGUGUUACAACACAUCUACGAACGUCCGGCGGUGGACUGGAGAUUGGUGGUGCUGGACCUCCGCAGCGCCAGUUCUGCCGUGGGUUUGCCCGUGUGCGUGCGGCUGCCGCUGACGAGCCUUGAACAGCUGGAUCUCUCGUCCCUGCCUCGGGAUCCGGCCAUCCACCUGUGCCUGGUGGGGGAUGACCUGAGCCAAACAGAGGAGCUCUGCAGACACCUCUGUGGGAUGGGGAUGGGCCACAUCUCAAUGGCAGAUGGGGGUUGGGAACAGCUGGAACAGCUGGUGAUGGCCUUAGGCCUGGAGCUGUUACCUCCAUCGACUCCAUCCCCCAGCCCCCAGCCGCUGCCUGAAGUGCCAGUGCUGCCAGUGUCCAGUUGGAUGGAUGCCUUGAAGGCGCCAUCCUGGGCACUGGGCUGGGCUGAGUCGAGUAUGUCGAGUGGAAAAGAGGAGGAGCUCAUGGAUAUUUAAAGCAAACUCAUCUCGUUUCACCCUGGGUUUACAGACGCUGCGAAGCGGGAUCAAUGUCAUCACCGAGCUCGUGGCAAUUGGAUGCAUCGCGGUGGGGGAGAAA